AGAGGGCGGUAUGUCAUCAUUAGUAGGAUAAGGACAGAAAACGCCGAGUGAAAUGUGGUGGAAACUCAAAAUGCAGAGCAGAAGGAAAACAGUGCUUUAGUUCUACAAAACGAUAGAGAUGAAGGUGAAGAUAAAGCAGUGGCAUGGUGUUGCUUCAUGGCUUUGGGUGGCCAACGAUGAGAACUGUGGCAUCUGCAGAGCCCCGUUUAAUGGCUGCUGUCCAGACUGUAAAGUUCCUGGGGACGACUGCCCACUGGUGUGGGGUCAGUGCUCACACUGCUUCCACAUGCACUGCAUCCUGAAGUGGCUGAACUCGCAGCAGGUACAGCAGCAGUGCCCCAUGUGCCGGCAAGAGUGGAAGUUUAAAGAGGGAGAAACAACAUGAGGUGAUUGAAUAAACAAUUACAGUGUCAACCACUGCUUUGUUUACCUCUGAUUUACACAGACAUUAAAACUAAUACUGCAGAACUCAA